AUGGGCUUCCAGCAUGACAGCCAGCUUCUUAUGAGCAUCUUCAAUCAGAAGGAUGAGACAUCUAAUUCAUACUACCUGAGAGAGAUCCUCUUUGGUGUCCCCUGGAAAGAGACUGGAAUAAAGAAGUUCUGUGUGCGGAACAGGCAGAGGGUCAUUACUUUUGCCAUCACCAUUGUCCUGAACAAGUGGGAGCCCAGUCUGGUGCACUCCCUUGAAGACAAGCUGCAUCAGGCAUAUCCAGGGCACUCACACAACUCGUCAUCUAAGGACCGGGAUCAGCAAGAGAUCGUUCACGUUCAUUUCCAGUACCAGCACACACUGGCUGAAUUUGUGCCUCUGGGCACAAUUUAUGUCAUCCUGUUUCUAUACAUCUACUAUUCCGUCCGCAAAAUAGAGCUGGUGAAGUCCAAGUGGGCGAUAUCUGUGAGUGCAGUUCUCACUGUGGUUAUGUCACUAUUUAUGUCUGUUGGACUCUGCCUUUGGUUUGGCCUGAACCCUACGUUGAAUGGAAGCCCUCUUGUAUCACCACGGUCAUCCUGCCUCCCCAGUGAGAUCCUGCCGUACUUAGUCGUUGUCAUUGGCCUGGAGAAUAUGUUGGUGCUAACCAAGUCGGUAGUGUCAACUCCAGUGCACGUUGGUGCCAAAGUUCGCCUUGCUCAAGGCCUUAGCAAGGAAGGCUGGUCCAUAACCAAGAACUUGCUCACCGAAUUGCUCCUGCUGACCUUUGCUUUCCUGACCUUUGUUCCAGCGAUUCAGGAAUUCUGCAUGUUUGCAGUCGUCGGUCUGUUGUCGGACUUUUUUCUUCAGAUGGUCUUCUUUGCUACUGUGCUGUCAAUCGACAUCCAACGUAAAGAGAAGUCUGAUUUGAAAAAGGGGAAGUCGGAAGCCUCAAAUUCGUGGACGGAUGAUGAUAAAAACAUCACAAACAAUGAUAGCAGGAGCUCUGUUGGUGUACUGUACAGAUCUCGGCGUUCCGAUGGCAUUCCUGUGAUGCCGUAUGGUGCGGGCCGAGCCAUGUCUAGGGUGUUUGCCACGCCCACAUCUCCGAUAUUGAAGCUGCCGAAACGGCUUCGUUUGGUCUACUUCUGGGCUCGCAUGCGCCUCAUUCAGAGAGGACUCAUGCUGGGCCUUGUUGUCUGGGUCGUGGUGCUUAUCCAAAGCAUGGGAAUCUUCACGAAGCUCACCGACAACACAACCAACUUAGGCCCCAACAUCGCUGACUCAGUGCACCCUUUCAUACAGAUGCUUACUGGCCACAAUAACUCCGAGGAAGCCUUGGAGGAAGCUCUGACAUCGCAGUCAUCAUCAUCAAAGGAGCCCCUGCCCAGCCACCAUGAGAAUGCCAACCUGCACCAUACUAACGCACGGCUCUGGGAAGAACUUCCAACAAAGCACUGGACCACCCUGUUCGGCUACUACAACAUUUCUGUAGCUGGCAGAUACAUAAGCAUUCUACCACCCAUCUUCCUGUCUGUGCCAGUACCGGCCAGUAAGGCUGUUGAAAUGCGACAUGCGGAUGACCACAAGACUGUCUUCCAUACUAACUGGCGCAUCAUCCCCAACAUUGAUGCUGAGCAAGAAAAUGCUGUCAACGGCCUGAUGCAUCCGGCAAGCCGUGCCGAAGCUACACUGGUUUUGGCCCUGUCCAUUCCAACUGUUCUCUUCAUCGUGUACCUGUUUGUGACCCUGUACCGAUGCAUGUGCUCACGCAACUAUGCCGAGUGGAGAUCCAGUUGGUCUAACCUGUACCAGUCCCGAGACCCUGACACAUUUCUCGUCAUGGAUACUUACCCCAUCGAACUGCAGGGACAUAGCCAGGAAAUUGAGUACAUCAUUACUGAGGACAACACGAUAGUCAGCACUGAUCUUGGAGGUGACGUCAGGAUCUGGGACUCCAAUACUGGAGAGUGCAUCAACAUCCUGAAUAGAAGAAGAAGCAGAUUGAGAAAACCCAAACAAGAGAGCUACACGCUGCGUGCAAGUGGCAGCUUCUCUUCAGAUUCCACGUACGGUUCGUCGCCCACAGAUUCCUGCGAUUUCGGCCUCAGCAGCCAGGCUAGCCGAGAGCAUCCACCUGAAUUUUUUGUAGGACAGAGCAGCCCAGCUGGCCUCUCACCUGGUGUUGCACCCGAGGAUAUUCGCAGCAAGGGAUACGACUUUUCAAGGUUUGUUACACCAUACUUGCAAAUGCCUUCAUCACCCCGAGAAGCUGAUGAUCGGGAGUCAGCCAUGCACCAAAUAACGGAGUCACCGAGUGCCGGUGAUGAAUCAUCUCUGGUGACGACAGGGGGAGGUGAUGCACCUGGCAGGGGAUCCGGUCACACUGCAGCAGCCAGCGUAGAGUUCCAGCCUAUCUGGUGCAUGGGCUGCUACAGCCAUUGGCUCGUCGUCGGGUGCCAGAAUGGCCGCAUUGAGCUCUGGCACAUGCCUACAGGUCGCCUUUGUGGUGUGUACACAGACAACACGGAUGGAGUAACAGCGGUCACAGUUUCUGGUCACAGAAUCAUCACAUCAAGAAUAAGUGGCAUUCUGGAGUGCUGGCACCUUGAAAUGUAUUGUGAACGGCGAUCAUCUGAUGUGGGAGGAGCUUGGGAGAAUGGAGAUGUUCAAGCCAAGUUGGUGUGGGUGAACAGUGUGCGUGCACACACUCAGCCCAUUUCAGUAGUGUGUGUUGAAGGGGGACAGAUAGUGACCGGCAGCCUGGAUCGCCUGCUUAAGGUGUUUCGCUGUGACACAGCCGUGUGCGUGUAUGCACUUCAUGGUCAUUCGGGAGGCAUCUCUGCCAUUCACGUCGAAAAGCCGGGUGCAUCAACAGCAGUGAGCGGGUGUCAGGAUGGUCUGGUGUGUGUGUGGGACCUGAUGACCGGCACGUGUGCCUACAGCCUAACGGCACACCGUGGGUCCGUCCUUUCACUGCGCACAACUGGUCUCUAUCUGCUCAGCCUGGGAUCAGACUCUCGCCUCCGCAUCUGGGACAAGAGCCAGGGUCAUCUGCUGCACACCCUUUACCAGGCAAACACAUUGUGCAACACAAUGGCGCUUCUCUCAGAGACCAUCGUCAUCACUGCUAAAGAAGAUCACCUUGUGCUGUGGGACAUAAACCAAGGCGAGGCAGUGCAAGUGGUGAUGCUGGGACCGGGUGACUCGGGCGUGGCUGUUCACCAGGUGCACUGUACCUCGGACGCAGUGGUGUGUGACUAUGGCCACAGCCUGUGCGUGGUCUACUUUCCAGCACUGAGCACCAAGUUUGACUGAUAGACUGGAAGAAAAAACCCCUUCGCCAAAGAUCUCGUCAUUAAGCUGGAAACAGCCAACAGUGGCCACAAAAUGUAGACCAGCAUCGACAGGCCACGCUGUCAGCAUGAAAAUCGUAUUCCACCUUUGCACCACGGGCAUUGCCUCAUGGCUGACGCCAUGGUUGCCUUUUUUUUUGCCUGUGCAGAGCCCUUAUUGGCAGGCAUGUACUGGGAAGCCAAAAGUCGCGAACUUGCCGAGAACGGCUGCGAAGUGCAGGACAACUCUCCAUCUGCAAGAGAACGGCAUUGACACCGCUGUGGCCACUGUUAGUGUCUGCUAUGUGGACGACUGCAAAGCACAUGUUGCAGUCUCGUUAUUUAGUUUUUAUGCUGACAGUGCAGGUUCUGCCUUCCUCGCUGUUCCGGUCUCACCUCGUGCUCAUAAACUGGUGCUGUCAGUGUCAUACUCACAGAUUUCUGCAGUCCUUUGUGAGUGGAUCAGGCACCGUCAACCACUCCACGUGUUGGCCACCACCAUAGUUAUCACUGUCAUCUUUAUGUAUGUGGCCUCAUGUGGCCCCGUGUCAUCGUUGUGCCGGUGUUUGUUCAUCUCUUCCGUCGUGCAUCUGUGGACAGCAGUGAAACGAAACUGCACUCGAUGAACUUCGACUGCUCUUGAAAGCACAUCAGAAGCAAAGCCUUUGCUGCAGUUUUUGAAUGGCUUGAAUAACUGCAGAAAAAAAAGGAUAUGUUUGGUCUCAUGAGUGCAGAUAGCUUUUGAAAGUGACCGGGCAUGUAAGGCAAAGCCUCCAUUUCAUUUCAGGGUUCGUUGAGGUGUUGUAUAACGCAAGACCGCAGCUCAUUGUGUUAAACACCGGUGCUGCCAUGUCAAGCCUCAGUGAGAGUUGUGCAAAUUAGUGACUUGCCUGAAACGGGAAGUGUGCUGUUGUGGAGUUUGGAAAACUCAAGCCUACCGCAGAAGCAGCGGAGAUACUGCUUUGGGCAUUCUACAGCUCGUUUAAUUAAUACUUAACAGUUAUUUCAUCACAUCUUUCUUUUUUUUCUCCCUCGUGGUGGUUCAGUUCCUUUGCAGACUCUGUGUGCCGAGUGCUUCUUAUGAGAAGACUAGCGUGCACUAGAUUGCACAAGUAGCAUUUGUAUGCUGCAGCUACCAUUUACCAGGGACCUUGUUUUUAAAUGCAUUUGUGUACUUGUUUAGAAUUUAGUGUGCUGGUAUGACCAACUUAUUUAUUAUUCCUUCUCACUUUCACUUUGUUGUUUUUAGAAUGAGUUUAAGUUGUCUUGAUUCUAUUGAAUGGAGAGUCUAGGUACUGUAUACAUCUCGUGACCAGCAUUUGUGCAGUGUAAAUACAUUGUAGCAUACUUUUCUUGUUUUAUUCCAGCUGUGAUUAAGAUCUAUAACUAAAGCUAUCGAUGCACUUAUUGACGUGUGUGGUUUUCAUUUCGCUUGGAUUUUAUGUUGUCCUUAGCAGAUGAAUCAUGCUUUUGCAGGUCUUCUAAUGUACUAUUGUCAUAACGAUUAAUGCACAUCUGUAUUACGCCUCCUCUUGCCUUUUAUCCACGAUCACAGUAUCUUUUGCGGAAGUGAUUUUACCAAAGGGCCAGCCACAUUGCAAGAAAUCCUGUAGUUUGCUUUAAAUGAACUGCAAAUUUUCUGUUCAUAAUAGCAUUGGAAUUACAGUCGAAUGCAAAGGAUAUCACAAAAUGCUAGUUGUAUAUGUUGGUAAUUCAACAUACAAGAUAUGAACCCUAGAUAGUAUGCUUUACUGUACUGCAGUUAGUUCUUUCAUCUGUUUGUUUUACCACAUUACACAGUUAUGUUGCAAUCAAACAUUUUACAGUGUUUUCAUUAUUACGGAGUGCAUAUGAGACCCUUUCUGCACGAGUCAACCAUAUCUUGAGAUUUACGCCUUUCUCAUUUUUCGUCCACAGCAUGUAAUUUCCUUUGGAUUCAAAGCCUGGCUUGACAACAUCACUAAAACAGUGCUGUUGUUUGUUGGCACAACUAUUUCCAAUAAAGCGAGACAUGAUUGCUUAGUGGAGAAGCACACUUGCGGGGUUGAAGUGCAGCGCAGCAUUUCAUAUGAAAAAAGUGAUGAACAUUUUCAGCAUACGCGUAACAGUAUUCAUACACAUAUGCACAUACUAGUGUAGGGCUAUGCUUUUGCAUAGGAUUACCAAGGGGAGAUUACAACUGUUCGAUACAGAUAAUUUGAUGUACAUGGGUUUCAGAUAUCCUAAUUCGACUGUAUAUAUUUUACCUUUUUCGUUUUUCUGCAAAAGUAAAAUUUAUAUGACUACGGUGAAGAUGGUGUCUACUAAGCAACCCUUUUGUACAGAGGACACUAGAUGAAUGAGUAGUGGUCCCAUUUUUUUUGUGGUUUAGGUAAAUAAAACUACUUUAAUUUUCCUAAUUACUCGUAAGGGCUUAUUGCAAUAAGAAUGUGACAGAGGGGCAGCACAGAAGGCUAAUAAAAAAUUGAAAAGCACCAUCUAUGGGGAUAUCUGUAGACAAAGAUUCACACAUAUUAUCAUUCCCGAUUCUGAACCAGCACGCAAGAGUACCGGACUUGAUGCAGUCGUGAUGCUUGACGCUGUUAUGAUGCAAAGCAGCUCGCUGCAGUGUGCUACUGAGACAUCGAAUCUGUCGAAAUGUGACUGUGUCAUAGUGACGCUGUGUCACCAACAGUUGAGUUUUAUGAGGUAAGGGAAAAGCAUAAGUGGUUAAACCUGUUGAAGACAAUGUUUUUCUGCGCUGCUUCCACCCAGCUUCUGCAUUGGGACAUGAUGAUGCAACAAUUUGUGAUAGAAUCCAGCUACCAUAUUUACUCACAAACUGCUAAUACAGGCUGAUGUUAGCU